UUUCUUCUUCAUCUCACUUUCAUCUGAUUGCUGGUCUAUUCCUCUUUAUCAAGGCUCAUUCUCCCUUUUGCCAAGGUCAAUUUCUUGAUUGUAUCCAAUCAUUGUCCAAUACUGAUAACUGGAACAGUUCCAGGUUCUGCAGUUAUCAACAGGCCUAAUUUUUACUCAAGUUGCGUCAUAUGGACACAGAUGUGCUCCGGUUGUGGACAACCUUGGAUGAUCAUUUGGAUGAUUCCGAGGAUGAACUCGACCAACUCGAGGUCAAUGACGUCAUUUCGGCCAAAACCUUGUUGACUUCGAGCUCAAAGUUGAAUUCUCCGACAAAACAAAGAACGCCUCAGAAGUCAGCGCAUGUGACCUUAAAACUCAAAAACUCAAACACAGUCGAGAGCCGUGUGUCGACCCCAACAAGUCCCAAAAGCAUCAAAAGAGCUACUACUACCUCUUCCGAAAACUCUGCACGACGGUCGCGCGAAUUAAUCAUUCGCACCCCUCCAUCGCGUGCAUCCGAACAUCGUGCAACUAAACGGAUUAAAAUCGAUAAUUCCAAUCAAGUUCGUUCCUUGAACGCGUCCGUUCAUGAGUCGUCCAAUAUCUCACCGUUCUCGAGUUCUGGUCAAGUAACUGAAUCAAGUCUUGCGGAUGCACUCUCUUCGGCGUUCAACAAGAAUGCUGAGGUUCCUUAUCCUUCUCCGAGAGCUCUUGUUGGUACUAGUCGAACUUCUCUCAAGCGCGGAUUCAAUCACGGCACGAUUACGACCGCACUAACUGGUAAUCAGCAUCAGGACUAUGUAGCAGACUUGAACGGGCCUUUAAAGAUCAAACGAAAAGGGAAGCCUGCAACUUUCAGCCAAGAGAAAAUCGACGAGUAUUUGGAUGUACACAUCUUACCAAUACAUUCUAACCGGGAGUCGCAUGUAGUAGACGGGGACAUCAGCAUGACCGAUGUUAACGAUGCGGGGAUGAACCUUUCGACUCCUCAUGCAGAAAGUGGUGUCAACACCAAGGAGUCGCGGGUGUGGCAGACGGUUACAUUCAACUUGCGCCACGUUAUGGCGUCUCGAACUCGUGAACGACACGCAAGGAGUCCAUCCACCAAAACGAUGCCAUCGUACGAAGUUUCUGGUCAGUCUUAUACAGCUAUGUAUCUAGAGAGGGCAGGACAGUGGCUGGGCGACCAUGUUUCAUUGAACGGUCCGGAAAUGGAAGGGCCUGAGACGAACUACAGGAGGGAAUCCAUGAUCAAUCCGUCCCCGCAAAUUCCGCGAACGGGGCUAUCGGACGUCGCACCGGCCAUGAAUGAUUGGGAUGAUCAAACAUCGUCUUCCUUCGAUACGGACGAUGUGAUGAUGUUAUUGGAUGCCAACACUACUUCCCCUCCAAAGAGUGACGACGAGCGCUCGGUGACAUUUGUGAACGUCGGACUUGCUGGUCCCGUCAAGUCCGACAGUAAUCACGGUGCCGAGGCCCAGUCCGAGCGUUCAAGAACGCCUAGCCUUUCAUCCGGCAGCUCUUUCGUCAACGCUCUCACAUUGCUGCAAAGACUAGUCAAAGGCAAAACUAGACUCAGCGACGAGGAAGUACAUAGCACUCGUACAUUCCUUGAACUGUUAGGAUCCUCUGGUCAGAGCGUAUACUCCAACGAGUUCCAGACGAGUACACCGGAAGAUCGAGCAUGCUUUUUACAGUUGGUGUCAAGGCUUAGCUCCCGGACAGCGUCGACGCUUGACCUUCCGGGUGUUCCAGAGGGAGAAGCAAGACUGAUCAAAAAGCAUGCUCGUAUCGUUGCGCAGAAAUACGACCAAACCUCCAUCGAGAACGAUCAUUGACGAAGUCGAAAGUGCACCGUGAGCUUUCUUGUUGAAUCUGCCUUUCUGUUUAGGACUUGAAAAUUCUGCAUUAUCAAUACCCACAACAUACAUAGACAUUGAACAUACCUGCUUUUCUUGACCCACAUACAGUACUAGAUUGAGGUCACGUUGGACCAUAAUGGCUUCGAGUCUUCUUCAUUCCCGCACCAGUACAAUUACGGCUCCGGGCUUGUAGCACAAUUUUAGAUGCACUUCGGAGAGCCAGCUGUCUAGCACAUUCCUCCAGCUGUCUCCAGCCUCAAGAGCCUGAUC